AUGGAAGUUCCCCUGUCGCAACUUCCGAAUCCACCAAACACAUCAGCCUUACUAGGCAUGCUUCACGCAUCCUAUGCGCGAACUGAUGGCGGGCCCCGUUCGCUAGCGAUCGAUAGCCAGUCUGUGCUCAUUCUUGACGGCCUGGCUUCAGCAGAAAUGAUCGAGCUCGCUUGGCAACACGCCUAUCGUCGAAGCGAAGACGAGAUGAUUUUCAUUAUUCCCACCCAUUCAGCUGCUUUGUCGCCGUUUAUUUCUGCAGUUUCAUCGAUGCCUGGUGUAGACCCCAAAGUUAUCAAGGCUCUGUCCCUUGUCGAAUCGUUUGUUCAUGCUCAGACCCCCGCGAAUCUGCGAAUGCCUUUUCAUAACGGUUUGCGGGUUUCUUUCAGUCUGAAUAGCCAGGGAGCCAUUGUUUCUACGCGUGUAUCUUUGGCUGAACAGCCGCUUGGCUCGCUGGCACCGUUGGUGAGCCUGCCUCCCAAACCGGGCUAUCGUUCGUUCGAUGUAUUCUACCAUCUCUUAUAUUCCCAAAAAGACCGUGCCGAUGUCCUGAGUUUGAAAGCUCAUCCCUAUCAGUAUGAUCUACUCAAAGGGUCAAAUACAUUCACUCUGCCUAACUGGGUGCAAGACGCCGAUGAUCAUGCUCUUGCCAAAGACUGGUACGAUGCUAUGUUAGAGUGCUUCCCCAAGGAUUUUCGUAGAUCGGUUAUGACUGCUUUGUCUGGUAUUCUUUUGCUUGGUAACGAAGACAAAAACGAUCAAGCUGAUGGCGCAAUGCUUAUUGGCUUGGACGCUAAAGCGGGAUCAAACUAUCCGUCCCAUGAGCUCGUUGCUGCUUCUUAUGUCAAUUUAAUUCAAGCUGUUGUUGCAAAAAUUAACGACUACCUAGCUGCUCUUGAUUUACAAGAACGCUACGAAUCCCCUGCAAACGACAAUUUGAAUGCAAUCGCUGCCGUCGUCAAAAUUAUCGAGGGUACACCUGAGAACCGCUUUGAUGUGCUCCAGUACGUUUUUGAUAAUGGCACCGGCAUCAAUGGCGAGAUGGUCCGAGAUGGUAUCAGUCUACCAAAAACCCCUUCGUCGAUUUCUAAAGCAAUCAAGCGCUUAAACACUGGCAACCCUCCGCCUAUGCUAACUACUAUCGACAACUUCGAGUCUUUGGUACAUUCAUCAGUAACAUGGCCUUCUAUUGCUGCCUCCUCACUUCCAAAAGAGUCAGAGGAUAUUCUGGACAACCCAAACGUUUUCCGUCUCGAUGAUGAAAAGGCUUACAAUAGGGUUUGGAUUCAGCUUGCGAUGGCAACCAUAUCAGAUGCCAGAGGAGCUGCAUCUCUACAAUGGGACACUUCUCUGGUAUCUGAACAAAUUCGAGAAUUCUUCGUCACCGAAUGGGCUGGCAAGCGCGGUCCUGUAGAUUACACUGCCGAUUUUGGCCUGGGCGAAUUUGUGGAAUGGUACCGGCUCAUUCUACCGUCAGGUCCAGGAGGUCUGCAGCUCGAAAGUUGGGCACAACUAAGGGGCUGGGGCGCUCGUGACUUUUUCUAUGGUCGCAGCCGUAUUUAUUUGUCCGAAAUGGUCUACCAGGAGCUGGAAAACGAACUUUUGAAUGCACAAGGCGGCGUCCCAGCUUUCUCAAACUUCCCGGCAGCGUUCCAACCCAUGAAUGCACCAGCAAACAUAACCCCCAUGAAUCCUUUCGGCGGCGGAUCAUCGGUCUACAGCUUCGGAAACGAUCGCCGCUCCCUUGUGCCGACCAUCCCAACCGCUAGGGAAAGCCAUUUGCGUAGUACCAAGAGUCCGGGGAAUAUGUCUUCUCGUGAUUUCAGAGGUCCCCGUCCGCAAAGUAUUCAGCAGCAAAUAUAUGACGAAGAUGGUAAUGUUCGUCAAGUGGAAGAGCCUCUGGGUGAAGGCUUCUAUGAUGAUGAUGAGAUCUUCGAAGAUGAGCGUGCUUAUCUCCAAGGUGAUUACAACGAAAAAGAUGGCCGGCAUAUUGAAGUCUAUCGUAUGACUAGAGAGCGACGUGCUUGGGUUACAUUAGUAUGGCUGUUGACUUGGUGGAUCCCCUCACCUUUCCUGACAUGGAUCGGGCGCAUGAAACGACGAGAUGUACGUAUGGCAUGGCGUGAAAAAGUGGUGAUUUUCUUCAUUAUCUUUUUGCUCAAUGCUGGUAUCAUUUUCUACAUGAUUUUCUUGGGCCGAUUCAUCUGCCCUGAUUACGAUAAGGUCUGGAAUCACAAGCAGCUGCACACGCAUCAGGGUACCAAUGAUUUCUAUGUGGGAAUCCGUGGUCAAGUAUACGACAUCACUAAAUUUUACAAAAUCCAGCACUCUGACAAUGGUAUUGAUACCACCCCAGAGCGGAUGCUGGAGUUUGCCGGUCAGGAUAUUACAGACUACUUUAUGCCCCCCAUCUACCUUGCUUGCCCUAGUCUUGUUACAGACCAGUCCGUUUCACUAACCUACAAUGAUACUAAUGCACCUUACAUGGCCAUUGCUAACCACGCUAGCGGAACCUACCUUGUUCCUCAAACCACAACUGCUCUUCACAACGAUACCUGGUAUGAUGACAUUUUCAAGCCCAAGAUUGCAGAGUACCACAAGGGUCGUCUUGUCGAAACGCCUAAGCAGAUUGAGAAAAUUGCAAACGACCAGAACCGAUACGUUUUCAUGAUCAACAACAACAUCUAUGAUGUGACUGACUAUAUGUUGACCAUUCAGAAGUUCCCCGUGACUCAGUCUGUUCUUUAUCAGAAGUACUCUUUCUUCCCCUCAGCAGUUGAAUCUAUGUUCCGCAAUUAUCAGGGUCUGGAUGCUACUGAGCAAUGGAACAAGUUUGAUGAAUCAACCAGGAAACGGUCUCUUGAGUGUUUGGACAACGUUUUCUACUAUGCUGAAAAGGACUUCCGUGACUCGGUGAAAUGCCAGGCUUCUAAUGUUAUUUUGCUGGUUAUCGCCGGUAUUUUGACCUCCAUCACAUUGAUCAAGUUCUUGGCAUCUAUUCGAUUCAGUGCCAAGCCAAUUCCUUCCCAGCAAGAUCGGUUUGUUAUUUGCCAGAUCCCUGCUUAUACCGAGAGUGAGAAUGAAUUGCGUCUUGCCAUUGAUUCCCUAACAAACCUAGAUUAUGAUCACCAACGCAAGCUGUUGGUUGUUAUCUGUGAUGGUCUCGUUGUUGGUGCGGGCAACGAUUUGCCCACUCCUGAAAUUGUAUUGGAUAUCUUUGGCCACCAAGACCGUAGCUCUGCUCUGCCAAAGGCAUACCAUGCGAUUGCAGAAGGUGCGAAAGAGCUGAAUUACGGCAAAGUUUACUCUGGUAUCUACGAGAACGAGGGAAACACUGUUCCUUAUCUCGUGAUUGUCAAGGUCGGCUCACCUCAAGAACAAGAAAAUGGAAGAAACCCUGGUAAUCGUGGUAAGCGUGACUCUCAGAUUAUUUUGAUGAAUUUCUUGAAUCGUGUCCAUUAUCAGAAACCCAUGUGUCCUUUAGACCUCGAGAUCUUCCACCAUAUGAACAACAUCAUUGGUGUUGAACCUGAGCGCUACGAUUAUCUGUUUACCGUUGAUGCCGAUACACGUGUGCGUCCCGAUUCGUUGACCAGAUUGGUCGCAGCUUGUACAAAUGACAAUGGCAUAGCCGCCGUCUGUGGUGAGACCAGUAUCGAGAAUGAACAAGAGAGUCUGAGUACCAUGAUCCAGGUUUACGAGUACUUUAUUUCCCACCAUCUGACCAAGGCUUUCGAGUCGUUAUUUGGGUCCGUCACCUGUUUACCUGGUUGUUUCUCUCUGUAUCGUUUACGCACUGCUAAAAGGUUCAAGCCGUUGCUUAUUAGCGACGAGAUCAUCCAGGAAUAUUCGCUUCGACAUGUCGAUACCUUGCACAAGAAGAACUUGUUCUCUCUUGGUGAGGAUCGUUACUUGACGACUUUGAUGUCCAAACACUUCCCGCGCAUGAAACUGAAGUUUGUUGCAGAUGCUAGAUGCCAGACCCAAGUGCCCAGCGACAUGAGGGUUCUUCUUUCUCAGCGCCGUCGUUGGAUUAACUCCACUGUCCACAAUCUUGUCGAGCUGCUGCGCUUGGAUACGAUGUGUGGCUUCUUUUUGUUCAAUAUGAGAGGUGUCGUGUUUGUUGAUUUGAUUGGUACUAUGAUGCUUCCCAGUGUGGUCGUAUAUCUUGUUUAUUUGAUCUACGUCAUUGCUAGUCAUACGUCUCCUUUGCCCAUCAUUUCCAUUGUUCUGAUUGGUGUUGUGUAUGGUUUGCAGACACUUGUAUACAUUAUUCAUCGUCGUUGGCAGCACAUCUUCUGGAUGGUGGUUUAUUUAGCGGCCUACCCCUUCCACUCCUUCUUGUUGCCCAUUUAUGCAUUCUGGAACAUGGAUAACUUUACCUGGGGUAACACUCGUAUGGUUCAAAAGGAGUCCGAUGGCAAGCGGGUUAUUUUACAGGAUGAUGACGACGUCUUUGAUCACCGCAGCGUGACAUAUGAAAGCUGGAACGAGUAUGCUCAUAUCAAUGGCUUGGAAGGCGAGCACCGCCCCAUCAUCUUUGACCCCAAGCAGGGCCGUAUCUUGCAGAGUGUCAAUAUCUUCGACACGGCGUCUGUCAUUGAGCCUGAAAAGAGCAUUAGACCUAUGUCUGUUUACUCACGCACCCUCACAAACAAUUUCACCGAGAAAGUGUUUGAUGCAGGCACCGAAGCCCAGAUCCGGUCUACUGUCAAACAAGUACUUGCUGCUACCGACUUGGAUACCAUGACACCGCGACAGCUCCGUGAUAAGGUUGGCGAUCUGCUUGGCGUAGAGUUCGAUCGUGAGCGUGCGGUUGCUGUGGACCAGAUUAUUGACGAGGAGCUCGAUCUUAUGGACGACGAGGACGAUAUGGAUGCUGGAGAGUUUGAGGCCCCCGCCCAGCCCAUUCCGUCCUCAGACAACGGACCGUUCGAUGCUCAACCUGAGACACCUUUUGAGAGUAAAGUAUGA